CUGUAACUUACCUCUUCCCUAAAUUCCAAAACCCCUUCUAUCCUAUGCUAGGUCAAGGAAGUGUACAACUUUUCUCAAGAUGAUCUGUUAACUGAGGAUGUCUUGAUACUGGACACACAUGCUGAAGUAUUUAUUUGGGUUGGUCAAUUGACUGACCUCACCGAGAAGCAAACUGCUUUUGAAGUUGGGCAGAAAUACAUAGAGAUGGCCUCAUCUUUGGAAGGAUUAUCUCCUAGUGUUCCAUUGUAUAAAGUCACAGAAGGAAAUGAACCAUGCUUCUUCACUGCAUUUUUUUCUUGGGAUCCCGCAAAGGCUAUUACACAUGGAAACUCAUUCCAGAAGAAGGUUAUGCUACUACUCGGCUCAGGCCAUGCUGCAGGGGAAAAGUCUGAACAUGAUGGGCCAACACAAAGGGCUUCAGCCUUAGCUGCUUUGAACUCUGCAUUUAGUUCAUCAUCAUCUUCUCCAUCUAAACCUUCUUCACCAAGACCAGUAGGGGUAACUCAAGGAUCACAAAGGGCAGCUGCUAUAGCUGCUUUAUCUACCGUUCUUACAGCUGAAAAUAAGCAGAUAUCAAUCAAAAGUCCAUCAGCAGAAUCAAGUCCUACUGCUGGAACAGAAAAUGAAAACAUUUCUGCUGACAUAGAAGAUUCUGAAGUUAAGGAAUCAGAUGCAGAUGAAUCUACUGUUGAGACUAAUGAAGAGGAUGAAGAACAGGAGGAUGGCAAUGACAGUGAAAGUAAUCUACCCAUAUUCAGUUAUGAACAGCUGAAGGCCAAAUCUGAAAAUCCCAUCAUGGAGAUUGACUUUAAACGAAGAGAAGGUUAUCUGUCCGAUGAAGAAUUUGAGGCAAUUCUUGGAAUGCCAAAGGAAGCCUUCUAUAAGUUGCCUAAAUGGAAACAGGAUCAACUCAAGAAGAAAGUUGAUCUCUUUUAGGAACCAGAAUUUAAAGCCACACUGGCUUUCACUUGCUCUAUCUGCAUAUCACUGAGACAGUUCUUUUGCCAGAUUCCAAUCGCCUCCCCAUCCGGUCGAGUCCUAUAGAACCUGCUGGACAUUAUAGCUGUUGUAGGUCUCCCAAUGCUGGCCCAUGAUGAUAAGAAGAUUUUACUUGGAGCAGCAUCUGAAAAGUCUUUGGUUUGAUUAGAUUAGCAGUAUGCGAUUAGCUUUAAUGUCCGAAAUACAAACUCCGCGUUAACCAGUCUUAGGCCCUGUCUGGCAUUGAACACCUUUUUACUGGAAAUUACUCUCCCUGUUCUAAUGUAUCCGUCUAGUUUGACCUUUU